UAAAUCCACUUCUCGACACCACAACCUCCAUUGUCUUGCCAGUCGUCAUCGCAACAUCAUACCUUAAAACAUAGUCUUAUAACAUUCUUUUGUUUUCAACAUUGUAUGAAAUUAAAACAGUAAAUUAAAAUAUAUAUUGUAACUAUUUAAUUUUGCUAGUGCAUCAGUGUGAGUGUUUACAAAGUGCGCAAUGGAAAUGGACAGUAAACAAUUUCGGGAGUUCGGGAAGGCUGCCAUUGAUAUAUUGGCCGACUACUAUGAUCAUAUACGGGAUAGAAAUGUGCUGCCAUCUGUUGAGCCGGGUCAAUUAUUAAGACAAAUGUCUGAAGAUGCUCCGGAAAAACCCUGCGACUGGCAAGACGUUUUGAAAGAUUUCACUGAAAUGAUUUUGCCAGGCACCACUCACUGGCAUCAUCCUCAAUUUCAUGCGUACUAUCCAACUGGUAUUUCGUAUGCCAGUAUUGUUGGCAACUUGCUGAGUGAUGGCCUUGGAGUUAUCGGCUUCAACUGGAUCGCGAGUCCUGCAUGCACUGAGCUAGAAGUGGUUACUAUGAAUUGGCUUGGCAAAUUACUUGGUCUACCAGAAGAAUUUCUCAAUUGCUCUUCGGGACCUGGAGGAGGAAUUAUUCAGGGUUCUGCCAGUGAAUCUACUCUCGUUGGUCUUCUUGCUGCUAAAGAUAAAAUGAUUCGAAGGCUUAUCAAGGAGAACCCAGAUCUUGACCCUGAUGACAUACGUAACAAGCUAGUUGCUUACACUUCAGACCAAUGCAAUUCUUCGGUAGAAAAAGCUGGAGUCCUUGGUUCAAUGAAAAUGCGUCUAUUAAAAUCUGAUGCUUAUGGUAAACUACGUGGAGAUACAUUGAAAAAAGCAUUUGAAGACGAUGUAGCCGAAGGACUUAUACCUUGCUACGUAGUUGCAAACUUAGGAACUACAGGAACUUGCGCUUUUGAUCCUCUUUAUGAGCUAGGACCAAUAUGUAAAGAAAAUAACGUUUGGUUACAUGUAGAUGCUGCGUACGCUGGUAGUGCUUUCAUAUGUCCUGAAUACAGAGAAUUUAUGAAGGGUGUAGAAUAUGCCGAUUCCUUCGAUAUGAAUGCACAUAAAUGGUUGCUUGUAAAUUUCGAUUGCUCUGCGAUGUGGGUACGGGAUGGAUACGACUUAAUUAACGCAUUCGAUGUUCAGAGAAUUUAUUUAGAUGACGUGAAAACAAGUUUGAAAAUACCAGACUAUAGACAUUGGCAGAUGCCAUUAGGUCGCAGAUUUAGAUCUCUCAAAUUGUGGUCGGUGAUGAAAACUUAUGGUGCAGAAGGCUUGAGGAGUCAUAUCAGAAAUCAUAUCAGUCUCGCACAACACUUUGCGAAACUAGUGAAAUCAGAUGAAAGAUUUGUAGUUGAGCCAGAACCGUCAAUGGGAUUGGUGUGCUUUAGACUUAAAGAUGGUGAGAAUUUAACGAAAAAAAUGUUAGAAAAUUUAACUGCAAAGAAAAAAGUAUUUAUGGUAGCAGCGAGUUAUCGUGGUCGCUACAUAAUACGUUGGGUGAUAUGUUCACUCUUCACGACCAAAGAGGACGUUGAAUUCAGCUGGAAGAAUAUUAAACAUGAGGCUGAUAUAAUUUGCCUAAAUAAUAAAAGCGUCAAAUCCAAAAUAUCAAAUAUUGAAAGUAUUGAAAGCGUAAGCAUCUCUGAAGAAAAAACAAAGUAAUAACACUUAUCGAUCUACUUUGUUUGUCUUUAGUCUUUGACGUAUUUUGAAGAAAAAAA